CUUAGGACUUUUACCAACAAAGAAUUUGGUCACUUCAACAGUUCACAUUACAAUUCAACAGUUUAACGGUGUUCUUUGAUCAGUGCGAACGUUCUGUUAGAACAACGACGAAAAUGAAUCGUUACUGGACAAGAUCAAAAGAUUCAAAUGCUGAAGAUGAAUCAGCAGCUGCGGCGAAAACGCUUGAGGAAAUGUACAGUGGUACAUUCACGGUGGAGGUUGGAGAAUUUGAAGAUUCGGGCUCUUCAUUGGCUCAGCACGACAUUUCUUCUGAAGAUUGGGAAGUGCCGUCUGUGAAGAAUUUGUGCAUUGAGGAAAUCGCUCAAGCAAUUGGUGCGGACAACGAGCACCUGAAGGAAAUAUUCGGAGGAAAGGUGCCGACCUGUCUUCUGCAGCAGCUUGCAGACCACUUGACUUCUCCUGAAUCACUGCCAAGAACUCCUGAAGCCAAACCCAAGCUCAGGAAGAGAAGGAUGCCCUCCUUGGAGAAAAUGGACAAAAUAUCUAGGCCUCCGAAUUCAUUCAUGAUAUUCGCACAAGAUUUCAGGCCCAAGCUGUCCCAGGAACACCCUGAUUACAAGAACAAGGACAUCAGUGUGAUGCUGGGCAAUAUGUGGCACAGCCUUCCCGAUUUGGAAAGAAACGCAUAUGAAGCAAAGGCCCGCGAGAUUGCAGCUGAGCACAAGAGGAAAAAUCCAUGGUACGUUUACAACCCUCAAGAGGCUCGCAUUCGCAAGGCGCAGAGGGAUCAGACCAAGCUGGCGCUACGUGCCGCCCGCCAACGCAAGAACUCAGGUCAUGUGGAGCGCGAGGGCUCGCCGCCUCUCAUGAUGCGCCAUCCCUGCCUUCCCCGCAACGGACCAGGAAUGAUGCCGCCCUUCGGAGCACACCCACACAAGGUGUUCCACGGAUCGGCAGCCGCGGCUGUGUCUGCCAACGAGAUGAGGGGCCACGGAGGGCCCGCCGUGCACGCCUACGGCGCCUCGCCGCCACCCCAGAGGUUCUACCCUGCGCCCUACAUGGACCACAACGCAUACAGCAUGCAGUACUCCAGCCACCACCAGUUGCCUGCCGGCUGGUUCAGCCAGCAGCCUCAAUACCACCCCCAACACCACCACCAGCCGGGAGGGUUCGGCAACCGCAGUCUUGGACGAGAAUUGCCAUACAUGAACUCGCACUACCUGCCUCAUCAUCAAACACCCCAGCAGCACCAGCUCUUGGGUCCCAACAACGAACCAGAAGAUGUCACCCCCAUGUCUCAGCAUUUACUUACUAGUCCAUACGAAGUGGAAGGCACUCUUCCUCCCACGCCUUCAUCUUCCACUCCCUCUACCGAGGGAAAAAAGGACAUUGAGGAAAAGAAAGCAAGCUCAGUUGACACAGAAAACCCUGAUUCCCAGCCACUUCCACCAUUCCAGCAUGCGUUUGGCUCAACUGAAAUUGGAAGAUUCGCCCAUGAAGGUUUCUCAGCCCAGGUGCGGUCAGGGCCACCUUGUGAGCCAUCACCGCCUCCGUCACUACCAACAGAGCAACCAGCUCAGUGGCUGCAAAGAGGGCCCAUGCAGCAGCAGUUUCCUUUGACUUACUAAUUCCUUAACCUAUGGCCAACCCUGUCUUCCUUCCCUUUUCAGCCCCAGAGGCAGUAAAACGUUUUCUUUUAACUCUCUGCAGAUCAAACAUAUAAUUACUUCCAACCGUACUUAUAUAUAAUUAUAUACAAAUUGUGAAUAAUACGAAAAUAUUCAUUAUAUAGCAACUUUGUUAGGAAACUUGCACUCUUUAGAAUUAUCUUCAUCUCUAAUUAUAUCGAUCUACUCUCAUGAUAGUUUGGGUCAAACGUUUUUAAAGUUUAAAGAACAAUUAAGAAUUUGUAAAACGGUUUCUUGAAAAGUGACGAAAACGCCACUCAAAAUUUAUAUGGCAAAACGUUCCAACUGAAACAAUCCUUACCCUGGUGAGAGUACAAUCUGUUUUAUAAAAAAAAGAAGAUAAGUGAUAGGCCACAUCUCCUGUGAUGAUGAUCUCUAAAAUUACAUGACGUUUUCAAUUGUUUCAAUACAGCGAGCAAAAUUUUUGAUUGAAUGGAGAAGAGAACGAAAAUAGUCACGCAGAACAGCAGCAUGCACUUCAACAGUGUUUGUGGAACCAUCCGAGCGAAAACAAACAUAUUUUCCAGCAAAAUUAUACAGCAAAAUAUUAGGACGAUGUGUUCCCCAAUCGAAUUUUUGUGUUUCAUUGAACUAAUUAAUGAAGGCAUGCGUGGUGUUCUAUUUGUUGGGAAAUUGCACACAUAUUAAAGCAUAAUAGCGGUACAUAGUAAAUUUGGCUAUAACGAGCCUGAUUCUGAGUGCAUGACUACUCAAUAUAAGCUAGCUUCACAUUUGUUAAAAGUGCUUGGGCUGAGUUGUUAAAUAUAUAUUAUAUCGUGAAUUGUGUAAAUAAUUCAAGUGAUUGCAAGCUAUAGCAGUGCAAUGGAUGAUACUUGUAUAAAGCGUAUUUUUCAUAGAAAAAGAUCAAAAAAUCAUCAAAUAGAAAGAAAGGACAUCUGGUCGGUUUAUUCAUAAAAGAGGGAAACAUUUUUAUUUUAUGCUGUCAAAAACGUGCCUUCUGCAAUUGAAAACUGGACAUGCGAUAGUUAUAAUUAUAUAUUAUACGAAACCAGUUACCAACCAUAAAUCAAAUCAAAUGUUAACAUUGAGCACCUGUUACUCAAGAACUCUUUCCAACUUUGAAAACAACGUGCUGGGGGACCAACAACCAUGGCAUAUAUUAUCAUUGUCCAUUCUUAGCGCUUUGAAUUUGACACGAGUACAUGCGCGAUGUUCUCCAUAAAAUUAUUGUCAAAAUUGUGCUAAUAAUGGUUGUAAAAAUUUGAGUGGUGAAUUUCUCAUAGACCACUUUUAGGGUCUCCAACUCAAACUCUGAAACUACGGAUUGAAUUAAAAGUCAAACAGUUUGACACAAAGGGCUAUUAAUGUGAUACAUUGCAUAAAAUAUACAGAUUUUUGAAGACUAGGAGUUAAAAAAAGAUUGAUCCACUCCAUAGCCAAUGAUUGUCUUUGGGUUCGUUUUGCAUUAUUUCAUUUACCUCUGCAGCCUUUUGGCUAAUCCUGUAGCAGGAGCCAGAUUUAUUGUGUCGUCGAAACGUUCCCGUGGGAGACACAUCAUCAAAAUUUUCAUACGAUAUGUUCCGGUUUCGACUCUGAUGAAAAUCACCAUAGUUUGUUUGCUACAUAAGUCCUAGCACAGUGCCUUAAAUUUGUUGAACGCGAAAAAGAUUGGAAUUUUUCCUGAACAAAAAGCCGAGGACGAGCAUCUUGAUGUAAGAAUGUGUCAACCAGAAACAUUUUCCUUCGAUAUGUAAGAAAGCCAUUAUUACUACUACGAAAUUUAAACACGUUAAGUGAAUCCAUCCUUUAAACAAGAGAAAUGCUGAGCACUAAGAAAAAAAAUCAUGAAAAAUAAUAAAUCACAGAGAGGAUUGGAAAGGAUCGCAGCUGGAGCAAAGACAAAUUUAACGCAAAUCGUAAAACAAAACCGCUCUGGUAAUUAAAACGACAGCAACUCUUUAAUUGAAAACUUAGAUUUUAGCACUUUUAUAUUUACUAUGUAAGUAUAAAAACUAAAACAUGCAUAACAUUAAAUUAAAUAUAUUAAAUUUAUAUUAAUAAUAAGACUGUUGACAGUGUUACGAUAAUAUUGCAAGGUUACGAAAUUUAAAUUUGUGUCAUGUUGUCUGUUUGUGACCCUUAAGAAAAACCCCAACCCCGGGUAGCAUUUGCAUUUUUUGGGAAUGCCGCACCGCGAUCUCGUUGGCUCGUUGGACAUGACACCGAUUGUUGGUCAAAUUUGAAUAUUCAUAUAAUUGUGUCGUAUGCGUUGUCGGUAUAUAAUAUCAGGUAAUUUAAUUGGCGGAUUUCCACAAUGUGUGUCAAAUGCAUUUAAAUUGCCCUUUUCUUCCUUUGGCCUAAAUCUGAAACUGGCGAUUUGUUUUGCUGGCCAGAGUAAUUGUAAGUGAUUUUUUUUCAACCUGUGCGUGACGUCGUGUGGGAUGGUCAAAUUAAAAAUAUUACGUAAAAAGCACUCGAUUGUGCAAAGAAAAAAAAUGCAAAAGAUAAAAGUCUUGAGGUCAACACCAUAAUGCAUUGCUUCCUUUUUGUGUAGUUGUUUCCACAAAUAUAUUUAUUAUUCCAGUGUCAAGCUGUAUUUCUUGUACAAAUUUAAUGGUCAUUCAUUAAGGGAGCAUCCCGAUGCGGGAGUUUUGCAAAGAUUCCCAUUACCACUGAAUGUUCCUCCGCAACCACCAUUUGAAUCUUCCUGAGAAAAUCAUAAAUUAACUGCCCACUUCCUUCUUCCCGAAAUAAAAUGCUGCUGCCAAGCUCCAAUUACUCUGCCCUCACUUCUGUGGUCGACCACACCGAUCUCGAGAGCAGUCCUCGUACAACAACCAACUCCGUUUUCGUUUACUAUCACCAUAUCAUGUUAACUAUGGUUGAGGAACAAUAAAAUUUGCAAGCAUUAUAUUGUUUAACGAAAA